AACCAAUUGAAAGACAUCAAACAGUCACAUGAUUCCUCACAAACUUGCUCGUGUGCUGUCACUGCUUAGAAAUGGUUAUUCUUAAAGGAAUCCCCUCAGUACUUACGCCUGAAUUAUUGUAUGUUUUGGCGCAAAUGGGCCAUGGAGAUGAACUAGUUCUUGCAGAUGCAAAUUUUCCAACCUCAUCUGUUUGUAAAUGUGGUCCGGUGGAGAUAAGAGCGGAUGGUGUGCGUAUACCAGAACUUCUGAAGGCAAUCCUGAAGCUUUUUCCUCUCGAUACUUAUGAUGAGUCGGCAGCUGUCAUGGACCUUGUGCCUAGUGACUUAUUAAGGGGGUUGAAAGUGCCGAUAUGGGACCAGUACUCAGAAAUCCUAAAACAAGCAGGAUCAGAUGGUAACAUGAAGUCUGUUGAGCGCUUUGCAUUUUAUGAGCGUGCAAAGAAAGCAUUUGCUGUAGUUGCAACUGGGGAGACUGCACUGUAUGGAAAUAUCAUCAUCAAGAAAGGUGUCAUUUCUCCUGGUGAACAAUGCUGAAAGAAGAGAGCUCUUUGUCAGUGCUAAAGUUAGUAGACCAAAGAUCCUAUAGAUAUUGCACUUACAUUAAAAAAUGAUUGCAUAUAAUUGUAUAAAAAUGUAAGUUAUUCAUUUUAUUUUUUUAUUUUGAUGACAAACAUAUUUUUCUUUCUGUUCAUAAUCUCUGUAAGCAUUAAAACAAUUCAUAUUAAAAAAGAGUUAAGAAAUUCAGGCAAUUUAUUUAAUAAAACAAUUUUAAAAAUAACAUUUAUUUUAGUUUAGCUUCUCAGGUAUAGCUCAAUCCACAGCUGAUCGCAGUUCAUUUUGUGAGCAACUUGCGCUUUCAUUCAAGUAAGCUUUGUGAAUAG